AUGGUUAUACGUACUGCCGCAAGGUCAAUUCGUAGGCCGUCAGACGUAAUAGAACGGGUUCAUGCCGAUUCUCAUCCCAAGCUGCUGGCGUCCAGGGGUUCUCUCGGGCCGGGGCCGGGGCCGUGGCUGGCGGUCAUGCGGCGGGCACUCUUGGUCCUGUUGGCCUACGCACAGUGCAUCCUCAAGAGCAUCAAGGGCAAGCCCCUUUUCCACUUCAUCGACCUCGAGAUCAAGGAGUACUGGGACUACCUCGUCUUAUGGAUGGCCACCUUCCUGUCCAUCCGGCUGCAGCCCACCUUCCGCGACUGGGUCGUCGAGUUUAUCGAGCUCAUGCGCGGCAUCAAGCGGCCGGCCACGGGCUCCGACCCGACCGCCACGCCGCGCCUCACCCAACUCCCCCUCCGCAACACCGCCGCCGGCCUGGCCGAGGACGCCACAGGGCAAAUAAUCCUCGGCAAAGCCUUCGAGAAGCCGGGUCUAUAUCGAGACGGUGGGUUCGCAAGGGGUGGAUGA